AUGACUGCCCCUAUUAAGCACUGGACCACCUCAUCCACCCCUCACCUGCCGGUUGUGACAGCAGGCGCUCAGGACGACUUUUUCUCCAUUUACCAUGUCGGCUCGGAUAACUUGGUCUACCAACAUUACACGAGCGAUCCCAAGCUGCAGGACUGGAAGCCCAAGGACAGCGUCCACAAGAUCCCAGACAGCGGGCAGAUCUUUAGCAACCUGACCGCUGUUAGCCUGGCAAGUGGUCGUGAUCAUAUCUUUGGUCGUCAUUUCCAUGGCGGGGUGCGACAUCUCUGGUAUGACGGCCAGAAGUGGAACUCCGAGGAUCUUGGCGGGCAGUUGAUUGGCGAUAUCAGUGCUGUCAGCUGGGGUCCUAGCCGGAUCGACAUCUUUGGACGUGGCAUGGACAACGCCGUCUGGACCAAGUUCUGGAACGGCAGCAAGUGGAGUAAUUGGGCUUCUCUUGGCGGCAAGACUCCUGACUCGCCCACGGCCGUCUCUUGGGGCCCUAACCGCAUUGAUAUUUUCGUUCGCGGCCUGGACAACGUCGUGUAUCAGCAGUACUUCAACGGCACCGCCUGGUCUGGUGGAUGGGGCAGUCUAGGUGGGGAGACUGUCGAGGAAGUGGUUGCCGUCUCGUCUGGACCGGAGAGACUUGAACUCUUCGUACGUGACUUUAAGAAUGGAAUUCAAUUCCGCAGCUUCAACAGACAAGCCAGAUGGAGCGGCUGGAGCCGUGAGGCUGAUGCCGGAUCAACCGUCUCGAAGCCUGCGGCCGUCGGUUUUGGGGGCAACAAGGUUGUGCUCGCUCGCCAGAGCCAGGACAACAAGCUAUACCGUAAGGUUUGGAAUGGAAGUUCUUGGGGCGUGUGGGAAAAGUUUGGGGACAAGGCCAUUACUGGAUCUCCAGUUCUUCAUGUCAAGGGCGGGGAUAAGGCUCCUGCCAUCGUUGUGCUUGGCGACGCUUCCUUGGCCAUUUUUGCCUAG